UUUGUUUAUGUUAGCUUAGCAUUAGCUAGAUGAGCUCGCCGAUUUAACGCUGUCUAGUGUGACUUCAGUUUAAUUAAUAAACUCUGCUUCGAUAGUUCUACACAAGCAGCAUGUCUCUGUUGAGUGUGGUCGAACAAACAGUUAGAGCAUAUAAAACCGAACAAGCAAAAAUUAACGAAUGUAUUCGCCUCUACAGAGAAGUAUUACAGACUGUAAGACAACAGCCCAGGAAAGUCUCUGAAAACCCAGAAUGUUCAGAUAGUGCAGCUACAGUUACAGAUGCUUCACCACAGGAUAAAGAAGAAAUCGAAUUGCUUGAACAAGCACUGGAAAACGCUCUUGCAGUGCGCACUGGUAUUGGAACAUCUAAAAAAGUGGCUGAUGGAAACAAACAGUUUGCACCUGAAAAUGAAAAAGAUGGCAGAGCUGUCACAUCCAAAGACAUUCCACAUGCCACAGUAUCCUCUAAAGGGAACCAGGAAAAUGUUAGAUCAGCCUCAAAAUCUAAUAGUCUUAUCAGAAAACACACAAAGCAUGAAAAACCAGUAUUCUCCACGUCAGGCUCAAAAGCUGCAGCUGGCUACCAUCAUGGGAAAGCUGCAGUUAAUUGUAACCUAAUCCAGAAGCAUCCCAUCUCAUCAACUGAGAUUGUUCUUCGCCAUGCAGCAAGGAAGAAACGCCAGGCGGUCUCAAAUUCUGGCUCAUCUGGUCACAGCCAGUUUCCUGUGUUCCACCCAAAGCACAAGAAUGUUUGCAACAGUGUGCCGAGUCAGGACGAGAAAGCGUCUACUGUUUCCAUACUUCUGUCAAAUAACACAGUUUCAGCCGCCGAUGAGACUGGAGCUCAGAGUUUCCCUCAACAGAAUGGGAUACCUUUUGAGCAGACGGCAAAAUGGAAAUCCCUGAGGAACAAACAAAGCAGGUUGUGGGAGAAAGUGAUGGCUGCGCAAAGGAAACCUGCACCUGGGAGGAGUCAUUUCAUGGAGAGAAUGAGAGCUGAAUUCCCCAAGGAUUGGCCUCGUGGUAGCCCAGAUCAGACCAGGGUUCUGGUCAGUAGGCUGACUCACCAGGGGCAUGACCUCACUCGGUACUGCCAGACUGAGACUUUUCUGGCCAACCAGACCUCAGAAACAUGCAGAGAGCUGGAUGAUGAGGAAAACAAGUCCCAUGAACGACUGCAGAUGACAUCAGCAAAGGUCCAAAAACUGGCAGCUCAAGUGAAACGAGAGUGGGAAGCAUGGGAUCGAUGGAGGCCAGAGGGAGGAUGCAUUUGCUCUGCCAGAACAAAGGAUGAGUGGGGAGAUGGAAUGGCUACUGCACCCCUGCCAGUGACAAUCACCUACUCAUCUGAGCAGCAGCUCCUGGAGCUGGAGAAUCUGAGGAUGAGGGUGGCCCUGCUGCAGAAUGAGAUUGCUCUCGAGACUCUGGUGGACACUCUGUCCAGCUCUCAGCUCUCAGGUGUACUCAGCAGACCUGGAAGUUCCAACCCCAGUGUGCUAAGAGACUUGUACUCCCUGCUGGGAGAAGGAGGGCAACGUUUCCCUGCCAUAGUCCUGGACUCUGAGCCUGACUGAUUACUGAACAUUUUCCACUGAGUUACCACUUUAUAAGGUACACUUGAACAAAUCAGUAUGAACAAAAAUGAGCUUCAUGUUUUGGUUAUCUUGUAAUACACUCCUGACACUGUGUACAUUCACUACCAACUUAAAAAUCAAGCACCACUUAGAAACAUUGAAGUUUAUAAUGUUGUAUUUACUAAGUGAUAGUUGUGGUUGAACUUUUAGACCUUUGCAGCAUUGUCUGGAAAUCCAGGAAAUUAUUCUUCUAAUUGUGCAACUGAUUACACUUAUAAUAUAUAAAUCAGAUUAGUAGGCAGCAAAAAUAGUCACAAGUUGCAGGCCUUGUUCAAUUAAAAUUUUUCAAUUUUCUUGUAAUUUAAAUAUUCAGAUCAUCAUUCUUCUGGUGCCUCGGGGCCUCCAGCAGAGUUGUUGCAAUACUGACUGUAUCAGCAGGUGGCGCUCGAUUCACAGAACAGUAUAUAGUAUAUCUUAUGUUUGUUACUGUUGCACCAAAGCUAGUGAAACAUAAAUGUAUAGUUGGAGUUGAUUAAUAUGUGAAUGCAACAGUUUGAAUUACAUGGUAAGUGAUUUAAAAAAAUAGAGAAAAUAAACUCGACCUGCUGUGCACUUAAAA